AUGGACGACGAUGGAGUAGCGUCGCCUGAGCUUCCGGAGUGGCUGCCGGACGGCUGGAUCAUGAAGCCUGUAAGUCGCAGGGACGGAAGUGUUGAACGGGUAAACCCAUAACUUAUCGUCUGGGGGAGGUAUCCGCAAUCUGUCUCCGUCUUCUUAUUCUCUAUGCUUCCGUGUCCUUAACUCUGACGAGGAGAGAGCUGUGGCCCUCCCCACAGGAAUCUCUAGGUAUUUUAUUUUUGCGCCUUUCGCUGUUGGUUUCCAGUUCCGGAAAUACGAAGAAAUUUAAAUAGGGAGGGGAAAUGGGGAGAAGCACUGUCUUUGUUCCAAUGCUUACACAGCAAGCAGUCGAUGGUAUCGCUCUGUCCUGUCCAUCUUGAAUCCUAGUUGAGUCAUACGCUAAUCUUGUGACAUAGUGUUGAAAACGCGUCUACUUUCAUCGAAUUCCAAGUGCCAAGGAACGCCAUUUUUUUAUCUUCGUGUGGUUCCACCCAACGUUGGAUAUCACUUGACUUUUCCAGAAUCAUUCGUUCAAAUCCGCAUAUAAUUCUUUACUUACACAGGCGAACUCGAAACAUCUACAUAUGGAGAACAUGAAACAUGGCUGACAAGCGAGAACUAUGCACUUGGAAGCUUCUUUUCCAAGAGUAGAAACGGCAGAUGAGGAUGAGGAUUGAAGAACUUAUCCUUAGUUAGGAGUAACCUAUGAUCUGAUAACAGUCUCAUUUCCGAUUAUACACUUCAGUCCAUUUUGCACUGUUUACCACACCUAGGGUUUCCGACUGUACACUUGAGUGUUAAGUUUGUACACAAGUGUACACAUACUUGAGCCAGUUGUGUAGCAAGAUUAAUUGAUAAGUUGGCAUCUAACUUCCACUUGCAUCACCACUUUUCACCAAACAAAAUGCAUAGAACAUCAAAUAUGUGGUCAAUUUUAUCAGUGUAUUCCAUGAAUGCCUGAUAUUUUAUUUUUCUUCUUGAAUCUUGGAAAUAAUGAUGCUAAAUAUCAUCUCUUUAUUUUCAGUCUUAUGUGUCUCCAGUGUCCGGACGCACCUUCAGAUCUAGAGAUGAGGUUUUGCACUAUCUUGACUUUGAAAGUUCUGACGCCGUUGAGGCUGUAAAACCAUCUCUGAGGAAGUUAAACGCAGUGUAAGCCUUUCGUUUCUUGAUGCUCUCUCUAUUUUAUGUUCUCUUUUAGAUGAAGUUCAUAACUUUAAUUUAUUAUUUAUUUAUCAAUUUAGUAAGCAGUGGGAAAUCAGAUCUCACCAAUAUGGCUGCCUUCUGGAUGGAUUUUAGAAAUCAAAACCCACAAGAGUGGUGCAAAAGCUGGAACAAAAUACAAACUGUUGUGACUUUAUGGUGGUCCACGUGACCCACAUUCAUUUUAUGUUUUUUUGUUAUUUUCAUGAAACUUAUGGCUAAAUGUCUUUUUGGCUAUUGUUAGUGGUUAUGGGUGUAAACGCAAUCACAAGACCUUAGCAAACUUCUUAACAAUUUACACAAAUUUUAUCUGCCCAGCUUUAAGCGCCUCUGUUAAGUUUUAGUCAAUUUUUCAAUACUUAAGGCUGGUAGAUUUUUUCUUCUUGAACAUGCAGUAAUCUCUCUCAUUUAGAAAUUUUCCUUUGCCAGAAUGGAUGAAUCCUUCUUGAUUUUAUUUUCAUUUGGAUGUUGAGCUGCCUACUGCAUCUAUGAACUGCUUGUGUAUGGCUCACUCCUUGUUUGUCAUUGAUUUCAAUGACUGCAACGUUUUUGGCUGCCUUUUUGAUUUUCGCAAUAACUUUUUUGAUCCACCUUCUCAUCAAGUUCUCGAGCUUCUGAAUCAGAUUUUUUCGGACUUCUGUUCCCUAUGCUUGAUCCAUACGGUUCUUAAAAAGCAUUCAACAUUUGAUUAUCUCUCAUUUCUGAAACUUUCACGUUGUCUUACAGCUUUUCUAGCUGCUAAUUGUAGAGUUUUAUUUACCAAAUAAGAAUAAAAUGAUGUUGAAGUAUCCCAUGAAUGUAUUCAUGCUUAUUCACAUCUUCCUCUGUUUGAAUUAGUGGGUGCUUUGUUACUUUGACUUGACUUCUUUGACGUUCAUAUCAAAAAAGAAGAAACCGCCUGGUGUCCAGCCUGAAGAGAAACACCUCUGCAAGUCUGCAUCAGAUCAGAAAAGCAUCUCUGUUGAUUUCAGAGAUGAUGUAUGUCAUUUUAGAUCUCUUGCAUCGAUUUUGGUUACAGAUUCUCUUAUACAUUCUUUAUCACACUUCCACAGAGAGAUUUUGUUGCCAAUCCACAGUAAGAUCUUCUGAUUUCUUCAGUCUCUGCUUGAUUCAGGCCAUAGUGGAGACUUCUCCAGACGGACUGCCUUCUAGCUGUAUCAAAGAAGUGAAGUAUGGAGGGAAUGCGUCGAAGCUUGGAAAAAAUCCGGCAUUCACUAAUUUCACCUUUUCUUGAUCACGUCUUUGUCCAUCAUGUUCAGGUUUGGCAUCUAUGGAUAGUUUGAUUGGCCAUUUGUGCUGAGCUCUCUGGUUGCCAAAAAUCUGUAGCAUUUCUUCAACAGAUAGAGCCAUGAUGCAAAUGCCACUCAACUGGCUACUGCUCAACGGAGCAAUCUCUUGCUCCUGCUUCUUGUGGGUUUUGAAAUCACAGCUGAGUCAUCCUCAAAAACGUUCAGCCCUUCUGCCAUAUAACUUUUGACUUACAUUGCCAUAUUUUUCUUUGCUAGGGGCAUUCCACCUUGAUGACUUCUUUUUGCAUGAUAAUUUCUCUAUAUAACAUCACAGUUGGAUCUGAUUCGGAACAGUUGGAACAAGGGUUAUCUCGAAUUUAUUGAAACUGACGAUAUCGGCCAAGAUGCAGAUAAAUCCAAGAGGAAAAAAGUUUCGAUUAUAACUACUCCGUGGAAAGUGAGCCUACAGUAUGUUCAUGAAUAAUAAUCCUGUCAUUGUUUUAGACACUCUUUUUAUCUUUUGGCUAUCAUCUGGGUCAAUCCCGGAGAAUCCAAUCUGAAUAAGUUGAGAAGCUGUUUUUUCCACUCCAUACACUUUUUUAUACAAUCUAAGAGAAAAGAAGAAGCUUAGAAUUCUGUUCACCUAUUUUAGCUGCAAUUUCAUUUAUGGGCAAGACCACUCCUUGGAUCCUGCACGAGCCAUGUCAUUUCUCCAGGAUUGCACAUUUUAGCUUCUUUCAUCCAUCCACAUCUGAAACAUUUUGGUUUCCUUGGUCAUUAUCUCCUUACCCUUCCUCUCCUCCAGCCUCCUAUUUCAGGAAAGUUGAAUCCAGGGAGCACAGAGAAGCGGUGCCCAUUUCAGGAAAAGCACAGAAAUCACACAGAAGGACAGAAGAAGAGGAUGACGUGGUGAUUAUGGAGAGCUUACCUACCCCACCUUCUGCCGAGGCCACACCUUGUAGUGAAGUCUUGAACCCUGCUCUAGCCAGGUGGACUUCAUUUCUCUUUUUAAAUAAAUUCGUGGGCAAUGGCCCAACUUCUGAUCUCAGAAGGUUGGGGAUCAAAAAGAAGUCACGAGGAUGAUCCAGAUGGAGAACUCGCUCAUUGCACCAGGUCUGGAGCCGUAUCAGAGCAGCUGGUUCUUGUGACAUGCGUGCAUCAAAGUGGUUUGCUGGCCUGGAAUUCAGCUUGCUCACCCUUCCUGCUGAGGCCACACCUCGUAGUAAAGUCUUGAGCCCUGCUCUAACCAGGUGAACUUCAUUCCCUUUUUUAAAUAAGUUCAUAGUCAAUGGCCCAACUUCUGUUCUCAGAAGAUCGGGGAUCAAAAAGAAGCCAUGAGGAUGAUCUAGAUAAAGGAUCUAACUUUAUGA